AUGGCUGCUAUUCUUGGCGGCGGCCUAGGCGGUCUUUCAACAGGUUAUUAUUUGCUCAAAAACAAUUUAAUUAACAACAACAAUCUUAAAUUAUAUUUGCUGGAAGGAACUAAGUACUGCGGCGGCUGGAUUAAAUCUAUUAAGACGAAGGAUUAUACGUUUGAACAGGGACCAAGAACGAUCAGGCCAAAAGGUAUCAUUGGAGUAAACACUUUGAACAUGAUACAAGACUUGGGACUCAGCGAGCAUGUAGCAUCAAUCAAACAUGAUCAUCCCGCAGCGAAAAAUCGUAUGAUCUAUGUAAACAACCACCUGCAUUUAUUACCAUCCAGUUUCAAAGGUGUGUUUCAGCGAAUUACACCCUUUUCCAAACCCCUUAUUUUUGCUUUACUUAAUGAUAUAAAACAGCCUUAUAAACAUUUGGAAGACGACUCUAUUUACAAUUUUGUUGAAAGGAGAUUUGGAAAGGAAAUUGCAGAUUAUGCUGUUUCACCAAUGAUUUGUGGAAUAUGUGCUGGUGAUGCUAAAGAGAUCUCUGUGAAAUUCCUCAUGAAAACUCUUUUUGAAUGGGAGCAAGUUCAUGGUGGGGUAGUCAGGGGGAUGAUAAAGUCUAUAUUUAAACCCAAUACUGACAAGAUAUUAGAGCUCAGUGAUCUUGCAAGAAGGGCACAGGAAGAGAAAUGGAAUGUUUAUACUAUCAGAGGAGGUUUAGAACUAUUUCCAACAGCUUUGCACAAUUAUUUAAAAGAUAAUGAUGUCAAUAUUAAAUUAAACACAAAAAUAGAAGAAAUUCAAUUUGUAGAUUCGGGUACAGUUGUUUUGAAAAAUACUGCUGGAGAGAAAAUAGAAGUUAAUCAUAUUUAUUCUUCAAUACCUGCCUACUCUCUUGCAAAUUUAGUUUGUAAACAACAUCCUGAGUUAGCUCAAGACUUAAGAGACAUUCCCUUUGUAACUGUUGGUAUUGUUAACUUACAUUUUGCAACAGAGAAGACGUUAAUUACACCAGCAUUUGGUUUUCUAGUACCACCGAUAGAAAAUUCUCCAAUUUUAGGAGUAGUAUUUGACUCUUGCUGUAUUCCUGACCAAAAUGGCACUGUUCUGACUGUUAUGCUUGGAGGCAGAUGGUUUAAAGAGAAAUUUGGUGAUGCUGUUACAACUUCUACAUUGUAUGAUAUAGCGGUCAAAGAAAUAAGCUCAAUCUUAAAUAUUACUGAGAAACCUUCAGCACAUAAUGUGAAUAUUUUACAUAGAUGCAUUCCACAGUAUGUUAUUGGACAUUACGAGAGGGUAGAGAAGAUCAGGCAGUAUAUAAAGGAUAAAAAUUUGCCCAUAUCCCUUGUUGGUUCUAGUUAUGAUGGUGUUGGCAUAAAUGAUGUUAUUUAUUCAGCUAAGACUCAAGUAUUGAAAGACUGUAUUUAA